AAGGAACGAUUGUUAUAACAUAUAUGCACGAAAUGGGAUAUCGACGUCGAGGCCGAUGCAAUCUUUGAAGGUUAACUUUUUUACAAUAUCCGUCAGCGGCUACGAGAAACGUAAUUUUAAUUUGAUCUUGAGUGAUUACUUUGAUAUGUUACUUUAUUUAGACAUAUAUACAUAUAUAUGUAUAAAAAAUGAAUAUAUAUGCAUGUAUGUAACGGCAAAUUAAACGGAUAUGUAUGUAUAUCGUGUGUCCUCGGAGCGAAAUUAUCCGUGAGUGGCUUAAUAUAGAUUUUAUAAAUAGCAUUAGCAACCGAUACAUCGAUAAACCAUCCUCGCUAAAGAGCUUCGAGAAGCUAAGAUACACGAUACUCUUAUAUAUAUAUAUAUUUACAAUUUGUUUGUGUUAUAUAAAUCGUCAAGUAAUUUUAACAUUUUUUACUGCGCACAUUUUUUCAUCCUUACAUACGAUAUUAUCGCAAAAGAAAAAAAAAAUAUUUAUAUAUAUAAAGGGAGAGAGAGAGAGAGAGAGAAAGGAGAGGGUAAUAAAUCCAUUUACAUUAUUCCAUGAAGAAUAAAGACCCAUUAUUCAUAUAUUGAUGAAAAAUGGCAAAUAUUAAAAAACAGCAAUUAUGAAACGUGAUUUUUCAAUACUGCCAAUACCAGAACGUGAAUAAGGCCAAGGGAUAUUUACGUCAAUUAUGGUCAAUAUUGGCAGUCUAUAUCAAAACAUUGCAGCUUGUUGCACGUGGUCGCGCGCGCUUGUGACAGAUCCGGCCAGUCCCACGUGGUCGUGGUUGUACGUGUGUGAUUGCGCAAAUUCGGUAAUCGCGUAUAAACGCGUGUUUAUACACGAUAUAUUACACAAUAAAGUAGCAUAUAUAUUCUAUUUCUGCUUUCUCACUCUCAAGUAUAUUUUAUGUCACGUAUAUUUAAUAAUACAGAGCGCUCGUCUUCCCGCCCGUCAACAACUAUCGCCGUUUCAUAAUACAUCAGCUGGUGCAGGAUCGUUUCCCGGACCUGUUGCACACAUUCUCGAUCGGUCAGGGCUCGGCCAGACGUACCGUAGUAUGCUACAAGAGCGAUGUGAAAAGAGAUUGGGACCCAAAGCCGAAUGUUCCUGAGUGCAGAAGAGGCCCUGCAACAAAACGAAGGGAUACGAUUGGCGGGAUGGAAGGCCGACAGUCGCCUUCAAUGUCUCCGGAAUGCAAGCAGCUACAGCGACAAGCUAAAUCAGUACCAACGGUCGAGAUAUAUAGGCCACCGGCAGCUAGGAAAGCUAAUAACUGCUCGCUAAUAAGUGGGACACAAACGCAGUUGCAGUCAAAUACAGAUUCUUCUUCGGUCAAGAAUGUACGGCAGAAACGACCCGAUCGAGCGGUUUACGUACCUAGGCAUCGAAGAAGCCUGGAGGAAAGGAGAUCGCGAAAUUCUCAAGUUUCUUCCGCAAAUCACACAACGUUAAACGGAGAUACGAAUACAAAUAAUAAUUCUAGACUGCAAGAUACAUGCUGUAUUCGACAAAGUAUAAGCAGCGACUCGAGUUUGGACAAUCGAAUCUUCGAAAGUCACGACAUGAAGAUAGAAAAUGGUCACUUUCCUCGAGAAAAUUCUGUGGUCUCCGUGGAUUCUAGGAAAAUCCUCGACAUGCAUGAUAGUACUGAAUAUACACAUAAACUAUUGGAAGAAUUGAAAGAGGAUGUGCAAACUUCAUCGGAAGAGAGGGAAACUAUCGCGGCAGAUAAUUCUAAUGAAAAUAGCACUAAUUUUAAUGUAUCAAGAUCAUCUGACAAAGUCGAAAUUAAUGAUGAAUUGGUAAAAACGACACAAGCGACCGUGAAAGAAAACCGCUUCUCAGUGCAACAUUUAGAUUGUAACAAUACGAUAGACAAUGAAAAUAGGCAAUUGGUUGGACAGAAUAUAGUACCGGACAUUCUGAUAAUUUCUGAUAAUAUGCAAAAAAAACCGGAACGAUCCGAACAAAUCUCUCCGAUUCUUGUAAUACCACCUGAGAAAAAAGUGAAGAAGAUAGAAAGGCAAAAGAGCAAACCGGUUCCACCGCCAUCUCCACCUAUAAAAAUAAACCGAGACGAAUGCGAUUGGGACAGUUUGUUCGAUGAUAAUGGCGAUUGUCUGGAUCCAACGUUAAUAGAAGAGCUUACAUCGGCGGUAGGCGAAGUGACGAUAGAACAACCAAAGAAUGAUUACAAGGCAUAUAGCAAACAGGUCGAAGUGUCUAGUGACGAGUUUGCGCACGUUGUAGAAAUUUACAAUUUUCCCUCCGAGUUCAAAACUAGCGAUUUGGCGGCUGUCUUCAGUUCUUUCAAGAAUGGUGGCUUUGAACUAAAGUGGGUGGACGAUACCCACUGUUUAGGAGUUUUCAGCAGUCCUCUCGUUGCUGCCGAAGUAUUAGCGUCAAAUCAUCCGUUUGUGAAAACGAGACCGCUUAGCGAAGCCACCGCCUUGAGUAAAACGAAAGCCAGAAGAACAGCAGAAUUUCUGCAACCUUAUAGAAAUCGGCCCGAAACAUGUGCCGCUUUGGCUAGAAGAUUAGUUACAGGUGCAUUGGGCGUGAAACUUGCUACAGCCAGACAAGAACGUGAGCAUGAGAAGAAUAUACUGCGUGAAGCAAAAGAGAAAAGACGAUUAGCUAAUAAGCAGCGAGAGGAUGUCUGGGAAGGCAUAAUACCUGCGAAGUAACAUCUAUAUUAUGCAUUGCUAAUGCAUAUUUACAGGGAUCGUUUAUACCUUGCUGUAUUACUAUAUGAUCUUUCACAAGAUUAUUAUACAGUUGGUGACAUUGCUCCUCUUGAAAAUGCGUUUGUGGCUACAUAGUUUGUAUAGCCCGCAUUGCAAGGCUUGCAUAAUGUUGGGUCUUUUCUAAGCAAGAACACAUUACAUUCACAUUGUGUUACACAUGUAAGGUACUUGCUGGAAUGGUUGAAAUCCCAAAUUUAGUUUUUAAGAGAAUCAUCAGAGUGCAUUACAGUUUUCCAUUUUUAAUGUUACAAAUACAAACAAUAUAACAAGUGUUAUUGCUACAU